UAUUAAUAGAACUUAAGUCCUACUUGCUUUAUGAGAAAAUAACAUACGACAAUAAAACUGUUUGGAUAUGGCUGAUCUGUUUUUAAGAAACGCACCGAUCACCAAUUGACUUAGUUUUCAACCCCCUUCAGCACAAGUCCACGAGAAAAUUUAAUUAAAUCAACACACGUAUUCCAACAAAUUGACACACGUUUCAAAAAUUACUACAUUUUCUUGGAAAGCGAUUGCGAUCCGAUCUAAUUUUGCACUACUGGUAAUUUGUGAAAUCAAAAGUGAAAGUAUGGAAGAAAAACGGGAAAGUGAAGUGAAAACUAAAACUUGUUCUAAAAGUUUUUCCAUUGAGUCGAUAUUGUCUAGUGAUAACAAAAGGUCUUCAGCUGAAGAACAAACGUUUCCGACGGAUAUUAAUACGAAUCCUUUAGGGAAAAUAAAUGAAAUCGAGAACGAAUCCGGUACUUUCCCUGUAAAUAACGAUGUUCAGUUCAUGAGUGAAGAAAUGGCAAAGGAGUGCGAAGGGGACGAUUCAGAAGAUGGGCGCAAUUUUAUGGAAGACGCUUGUGGAAUUUCAACCUUCCAAACCACUGAGGAUAGAGUUUUAGACAAUUCACACAUUCAAGCGAACUCAUGUAACCCAUUUGGUAGAACAAUUUUCAUCAAAAUUAAAAGCCAAGGCGAUUUGGUGGUACUGUUAAAUUGUCCUUUAUAG